AUGGCGCCCGAAUUGGUCUACCUACCUCCUCCAGGUCUCGAGACCAACUUUGAUGUCUUCCGCAAGAGAAUAAAUUCCGAACUCGGCCUGUCUAUGCAGGAUUAUCAUGACCUCCAUCAAUUUUCUGUCGGAAGACCAAAUGACUUCUGGAUGGCAUUGUGGAGAUUUAUGGGAAUCAAAGCAUCCGUACAUCCUACCAAAGCCGUCGACGAAUCACUCAGUAUUGAUCAGUUCCCGCCUUUCUUCGAGGAUGCGCGGCUCAAUUAUGCCGAAAAUCUCCUCUGCAGGUCGGAUGAAGGUGUUGCAAUACGAUAUCUUUGUGAAGAGAGCCUAGAGACACCUCGAGAUGUUACGUGGAAGGCGCUGAAUGAGAAGGUCAGAACAACAUCAGACGCCAUGCGAUCAUCAAAAGUCUCAACUGGAGAUGUUGUCUGCAUCAUCGGUGGAAGUUCACCGGAGUCUCUUGCAAUCUGGCUGGCUACAGCAUCAGUCGGAGCAAUAGUUUCUGGAUUCGCUACGGACGCGGGAGAAAGAGUGUUGCUCGAUAGAAUGGGCCAGGUGUGCCCGAAGAUCAUUUUUGCAGAGUCAUCCUACCAAUACAACGGCAAAAGACACGUCAUUUCCGACAGAAUCACGAAAGUCUUCUCGAUGAUUGACAAAGCGCCAGAUGCAGAGGUCAUCUGCAUCUCCGAAACCGUGCCUUCCGGAUGGGUACCCAUAGAAGAUUUUCGACGGCGUGGAACUGGGAGACCACUUCGCUUCGAGCAAGUACCUUUUGGUCACCCACUUUUGAUUGCGUUCUCUUCAGGCACCACUGGCACUCCGAAAGGCAUAGUCCAUUCUCAUGGGGGCCUAGUCGUCAACGGAAAGAAAGAGAGUCUCCUUCACAAGAACUUCGGUCCAGACGAUGUACACUACCACUAUGCAGGCAUUGGCUGGGUGUUGUGGAACAUCAUGAUAUCGGCAAUGUUUUGCGGCACGAGUGUCGUUCUCUAUGACGGAUCUCCGUUCUACCCAACCCCGGAGAGACAACUGGCAGCAGUGCUAGGCGCUGGCGUGACAGCCUGGGGCGCUGGCCCGCGAUACUUUUCAGAACUCCAAAAGGCCGGUGUCGACCCCAAACCUUACGCCAAAAAUCUCAAGUGCAUCUUGUCUGCCGGUGCAAUCCUGACAGAAUCUCAGUCAAAGUGGCUUAUGGAAGCAUUUGGCCCUGUAUGCCAAAUGUCAUUUUCCGGCGGCACUGAGCUUUGCGGCAACUUCCUGGCUGGCCAUAUCGGUAUGCCAGGGUACGCAGGUGAGAUGACGGUCAAAGAACUCGGAAUAGACAUCGACAUUUUUACGCCAGACGGCAAGCCUGCGAAGCCUGGUGAGAGUGGAGAACUGGUGUGCAGAAAGCCAUUUCCCAACAUGCCCGUAAAGUUUUGGAACGACCCUGGGAAGAAAAGAUAUACCGACUCAUACUUUUCAACCUUCCCGGGAGUCUGGAGGCAUGGAGACUAUAUCAGGAUGAAUCCCGAGACCAAGGGGUGGGUGAUCCUCGGUCGCAGCGAUGGGGUGUUGAAUCCGUCAGGCGUGCGAUUUGGCAGUGGAGAGAUAUAUUCCAUCAUCGAUCAGAAGUUCCGCGACAGAGUGGUUGAUUCGAUAUGCGUUGGCCAGCAAAGGGCUUGGGACGAAAGUGAACGUGUGUUCUUGUUUCUGAAAGCAGCAAAAGGAUCGAAUACAGUCUUACUGGAGAAAGAAAUUCGAGGUCAAAUUGCCAGAGAUCUUAGUCGCCGCCACGUUCCUCAAUUUAUGUUCUGGGUGCAGGAGAUACCCUACAAUGCCAACAACAAGAAGUUGGAGAUACCCUUGAAGAAGGUUCUUUCGGAAGGAAGCGCAGGAAUUAUGAAGUUGACGUGCCCGGCAGAAGAGAAAGCUGUGCUGAUGCAGUAUCUACCGUUCUACGAAGUCGAGAAAUUGCUGGUCAAGGAUAUAGCGACCCCAAUGAGCGCCAGACUGUAG